AUAAAUAACUAAAACAAUCGCAGCAUGGGGAAUCUCCAUCCACCAAUAAAAUCAUUUCCUAAUUUUUGACUUUUAAAACCUUUUGACAAAAACCAGAUAUUCUCUCCCAUUUCCCUCAAUCAUCCAAACCACGCGCCGCCUCUAAUCUCUCACGCGCCGCGGUCCGAUUUCAAAUCCUCCAUCAAUUUCUCCAUCCCCUCUUCUCGUUUAUUCAUCAAGAUCUCACAAAAUCCAAAUUUAACUAUAGGGUUUCAAUUACUUCGAUCAAAAGGUAUCUAAUUUAUGAAUUAGAAUUCAUCAUCAUGGGAGGUGUUACAUCAUCGAUCGCUGCUAAAUUUGCUUUCUUUCCACCAACGCCACCGUCGUAUGAGGUUAUAGCCGACGAUAGCUGCGGUGGACGUUUAUACAUACCGGAGAUUCCUCGCCGUGAUGAUGUUGAUAUAUUGAAGCUUCGUACUCGUUGUGGUAAUGAGAUCGUUGCUGUUUAUGUGAAACAUUCAAAAGCUAAUGGCACGCUUUUGUAUUCUCAUGGUAACGCUGCUGAUUUGGGUCAAAUGUUUGAGCUUUUCGUUGAGCUUAGCAAUCGCCUUCGCGUCAAUCUUAUGGGGUAUGAUUACUCUGGUUAUGGUCAGUCUACUGGACAGGCUAGCGAGUGUAAUACAUAUGCUGAUAUAGAGGCAUCAUAUAAAUGCCUCAAGGAAAAGUACGGUGUAAAAGACGAUCAACUGAUAGUAUAUGGUCAAUCUGUUGGUAGUGGACCUACGGUUGAUCUAGCUUCACGCACACCUAACUUAAGAGGCGUGGUUUUACAGUGUCCUAUCCUGUCUGGGAUGAGGGUUUUGUAUCCUGUGAAAUGUACAUAUUGGUUUGACAUUUACAAGAAUAUUGACAAGAUCGGCUCAGUUACCUGUCCUGUAUUAGUAAUCCAUGGUACUGCGGAUGAAGUAGUUGAUUGGUCUCACGGAAAACGGCUCUGGGAACUCAGCAAAGAGAAGUAUGAACCUUUGUGGAUAAGUGGAGGUGGACACUGUGACCUUGAACUCUAUCCAGAUUUCAUCAGACAUCUGAAGAAAUUUGUUGUAUCACUUGGCAACAAACAAGCAGAGCAAGCUCCCACAUAGCGAGAUAGCUGAUAUGUUUGAAAUGGGUUAUUUUCAGAGAAGGCUAGACAGUUGGCUACAGAAAGUUCAAAAGAAAGUAAUAAGCCUGAGAGAUUCAAGAUGAGAGUGGUAAUAGGUUUAGUCAUUAAAAGAUAAAAAAAGGUCUAGUCUGGUGACACAAUGGGUCAAUCUGGAAUGUAAACAGUAUAGUACAUUUCGUGAAUAAAUGUAUUUUCUGCUUUCAUGCUUUAGUAGGUUCCAAAGAGGUUACUUUGUUUAUUUCACAUUCAUGGAUCAUACUUUUAUGAUUCUAUAACAUGCCAGAGAAAGCUGUAAAAAUAAAUAAAUGUAUUGGCUACUUUUUUUGGCUUUAAUAGGCUCC